AUGAAGCUGAGCAGCCUGCCCGUCGCCCUGCUCUCCCUGGCCGGCCUCUCCGCGGCGGCGGCGGCCUCGUGCCCGAUGGAGAUCCACGCCACGAUCCCGCACCACAUCAUCCCCGUCAUGGACCCGGACCCCCGUCGGACGCAGACCCUCGACGAGAUCCACUCGACCCUCGAGUCCUGCGCCAACAUCACGACGCUCGACCUCGAAUUCACCCCCAUCGGCUGCCAGGAAGGCCCCGAACGCUGGUCCCUGCCCUUCAGCCCCUCCGGCCGCACCCGCUACGCCACGGCCGCCCUCGAGUCCCUCUCCCUCUCGAGCUACGACUUGGGCGACACCGAGGCCAAGCACAUCAGCAACCUGCCCAUCCCGUGGUACGAAGGGCAGAGCACGAGUCUUGCCGCGAGGCUUCCCACGUGGCUGCGGUGGUGGCUCGUGACGGACAACGCGCGGAGGUGGCUCGCCUGGCGCCUCCUCCCGCCGGCGCAGCGGCGCAAGACCAACGUCGAGCUGUGGGUGGACGCCAUGGACUUCUCCCGCGUCCGCAACCUGUCCAUCGCCGACAAGGCCCGCAACGGGCAGACGGUGACCCCGGACCUCCUCGCGACGACCCUGGCGCCCAGGCUCCCGUCCCUGCGCUCCCUGCGCGUCGAGGGCCCGGGGUUCCGGCCCCUCGUCAACGCCGUGCCCGCCGGGACGCUCGAGGUCCUCUCCUGGAUCUCGCCCGGCGCGGCGGCGUACGCCCGGGUGGAGGCCACGCUCGAGCGCCAGGGCGCGCGGCUCGCCGAGUUCGAGUGGCGGACCCACGAGUCCCUCGAGCGCGCGCGGCCCGCGAUCCCGACGGCGACGCUGGCGCGCCUCGCGGAGCUCGCGCCGCGGCUGGAGAGCCUGGCGAUCGACGUCAACCGCAACGGCAGGACGUGGCCGUGGGACGAGUUCCGGGCCCUGGCGCGCGGGGCGCCCGGGACGCUGAGGACCGUGUCCCUCUACCUCGAGGUGGCGAGCGAGUGCCGGCGGCAGAAGUCGAACGACGGCGACCACCGCUGGGGGGUCCACAGGAUGGACGACAACUUCGACAACAACGGCACCGAGGCGGCGGCGGCGUGCACGGGUCUGCACCAGUACGCCAUGCCGCUGCUCGGCGCGGCGACGUCGCGGGAGGUGGCCGAGUUCUUGAGGGCGAACGGCAUGCCGGCCCUCGAGCAGGUCAGCCUGUACGCGGGCAGCUGGAGAGACCCGUACCGCGGGCCAGCCUUCAUAGAAAGCACGCUUGAAUCCAAGCGGGCCUGGAGUCGGUGCCAGGUGCCCAAGGGCGACGGCGAGAUUGUCUGUCAUGGCGGGUAUGAGGGGGGUUGGCUCUUCAGGGGCGGGCCAGAUGCGAAUAAGGACAUCACCUGGCGUUGGUGA